CUGCGGUCUCGUUGUACGUAUGGGGGAUUCACUCUUGUAUGCCCAAUGGAUUGGGCUGCGCAGCGGGUAAUGACAGUUCCUGCAGGGGCAAUACUUGCGUAUAAAGUCUUGCCCAUGCACGUUUGAGGCUCGUUAUUCACCUUCUCUUCUCAUUUUACCCUUUAUCAUCCUCUUCUCUUCCCGAAUCACUCAGGCAAAUAUGCAGCUCAAGGAAGUAUGCAUGGACCCUAACAGCAAUGCGAACUACAGCUUCAUGUACUGCCCUUCGCUCCCCGCCGCGAUCCUCUUCUCGGUUCUCUUCGGCCUGACGACUCUCGUGCACGUGGUGCAAGCGAUCCGGCACCGCAAGGCGUUCUGCUGGGUGCUCAUCAUGGCGGGCGCAUGGGAGACCGCGGGGCUCGUUCUGCGCGUGUUCAACGUGGUCGCGACGACGUCGCUCGCGUUCGGCCUGCCGUCGCAGCUGCUGAUCCUGCUCGCGCCGCUGUGGGUGAACGCGUUCCUGUACAUGCUCAUGGCGCGCUUCGUCCACUUCUACAUGCCGGAGAAGAAGAUCGCGGGCGUGAGCGCGAGGCGCUUGUCGCUGAUCUUCGUGCUACUAGACAUUACAGCUUUUCUCAUGCAGGCUACCGGAGGAUCGAUGAUCAGUGGCAGCGAUCCUUCGAGUGCUCUCCUCGGUAUCCACAUCUACAUGGGAGGCAUUGGGCUGCAGGAGAUCUUCGUUCUUGGUUUCACGGGCCUCGUCAUCCGCUUCCACGUUGUUAUGAAGCGACUCACAGACAGUGGAAGGGCUGCUGCAUUCUGGAAAUGGCCCCUCUACCUCACUUACAUGUCUCUCUCACUCAUCACGAUCCGCAUCAUUUAUCGCCUCGUCGAGUUCUCUUCCGGGCUCGACUCCCCCAUCACAGAACACGAAGCCUUCUUCUACGUCCUCGACGCCCUGCCUAUGCUCUCCGUCAUCGUCGCGUGGAACGCCGUGCACCCAGGGCGCGUGCUCGUCGGCCCCGACAGCGAGUUCCCCAAGAAGAUCAAGAUGUCGCGCGCUCAGAAGAAGGCUGCUCGGGAGGCGAAAAAGCAGGCUCAAUCGCGCGAUCUUGAAUUUGGAUUCGGAAAGCAGGCGGAAUCGGCCACCCAGCUUAUGCCGGCGGCGCAGCCACUGGGGUGGAGCGGCGAGAGCGUUUGAUUUUUGUGCUACGGGGUCUUAUGCUGUCUGGGCGGAUCGGGCUCGGAGUCCCAGUAUUAUACUUACAUUCUCUCGCUGGCGUAGCUAACAUCUC